AUGGAAGCAAAAGAAACGGAUUCAGUGAGUGCAGAAGAAAUGCAUCUGCUCAACUCGAAUCAAGUGAUGGACGAAUCCAUCCAGCCAAUCCGAGAAUUUCUCAUCGAAGAACAGCAACUCUACGCUACAAAACUCUCUUCUCUUCAUGAGCGAGUGAACGAGCUGAAUAAGGACAUGGACCAAGUGCUGCACUCGAUCAGCGAGAUCGAUUUGAUUCGCCGAGAGCAAGCAGAGAUCGAGAAGCAAUGCGAGCUGCUUGAGUCCAUGCAGGGCGUAACGCCCGAGAUCUGGGAGCUGUGCAGUCGAUUGGACAGUUUGGAAUCGAGCGCGAAAGGCGUGGUGGGCGAAGGGUCAAUCGAGAAGGAGAGUUUAUUGUCACCCAGUGUGCGAUCAUCGCGUGCUUCCGAUUCGGUUGUGAGUGUCGAGAAAACGCCAUCGCCGAAGCGAGCGCCGAAGAAAUCGCCGCCUCCACCUCCAUUCCCCCAGGCUUUCUCUGCUUCGCUCUCUGCUUCUAUUUCCACUUCGGUGUCCGCUGAUUCUGUUUCGAAAUCAUGCUCAACAAGACCGACUUCUUCCAAUGAAAGUUUCGAUUCUGUGUGCAGUGCUACCUUCCCGGCUUCGAUCAAACCCAGUUCUCCUCUUCCUCCAAAACCCGUUCACAGUUCUACGCCUUCACCAAAACCCGUUCACAGCCCAACUCCGCCUCCUCCUCCUCCUCCUAUUCCUAAACAGAAUCCGGCUCCAUUAUCAAAACCCGAUCACAGUCCAACUCCACCUCCUCCUCCGCCUCCACCCAUUACCAAGCAGAGUCCUACAUCAUCCCCUCCACCUAUUCCAAAGCAUAGUCCUCCUCCUCCUAGCACAAAGAAACUGAGUGCUUCACUUUCAAAUCCACUCAAAAUGAGCACAUCUCCUCCAUCCAAUUCAAGCUCUAUUCCAGCUUCAUCCUCGUCAAUGAAAAGCUCUCCACGUCCUUUUCCUCCAGUUCCAUCAAACGCUUCUCUUUCCACUCCAUCAAAGCCAAGUUCGGUUCCUCCUCCGUGUCCUCCUCCUCCUCCUUCAUCCAACAGACGGCUUUCUCUACGCCAUCCAUCGCCAUCUCCAGUACCACCAACUCCCAAUUCUGUGCCUGCUAUUCCGAAUUCGCUGCCUUCGCGACGGUUAUCUUCGGAUUCUCAACGACAUGCUUCUCCUACCGUUCCAUCAAGUGGUGGCUCGUCGAAGAGCCAGCCAGUCUCUCACGAUUCUACCGAAUCUUUUGCAGUACCGGCAAGAAAAGUGAAGUCCUUUGACAGAGAAGACGAAAAGGAAGAGAAGGAAGAGAAGGAAGAAAAAGAAGAAGAAGAGAAGGAAGAAAUUGCUAUGUUGAAGCCUUCGCAGUUAAGGAACAAUCCGCUGUUCAAUCGCUUGAACUUUGGUCCGAUGAACCAGAGCAGGCCAAGGGAACCAGAGAAGAAAACAACGCAGGAGGAGAAUAGGGAAGAUCGACAGGAAGUGAUGCCUAAUCUUCAUAAAAGCUUUGCUCCACCUCGCCAUCCCACCCAUUACUCAACAUACGAGCAUAAAUGGUAUCGCAGAUUCUGCCGUGACCAAACUAUUUCUAGGCAAGUUUGUUCUUUUAGACUACUUAAGAGUAUCAUGUCUAGUAACGGUAAAAAGAAGUGGAGUAAGGGAAAGGUGCGUGAAACUAUCGAUAACAAGGUUUACUUCGAGCAGGCUGAUUACGACAAGUUGGUUGCUGAAGUGCCGAAGAUGAAGCUCAUUACGGUUUACACGAUCGUGGACCGUCUGAAGAUCAAUGGUUCUUGUGCUCGUGCUGGAAUUCGUGAGCUGCUCAAGCAGGGAAAGAUUGUGGAGGUUUCCAAGCGUGGACACUAUAUUCUGACCCGCAGUCAGUAAACUUCUUGGCUCCAAGUCGUUACUAUGAUAUGUAAGCCUUAGAACAACA